GUUUUUUUUCACUGCACCCGCAACAAAAGAGUGAUCAAACAAAAAAAUUCUUAAAAUUGUCAUUAGCAAUGAGCACUGCUGGUCAGGUUAUCCGUUGCAAAGCUGCUGUGGCAUGGGAGGCAGGGAAGCCACUGUCAAUAGAAGAAGUGGAAGUUGCACCACCCCAGAAGCAGGAGGUCCGGAUUAAGAUACUCUUCACUUCUUUAUGCCACACUGAUGUCUACUAUUGGGAGUGUAAGGGAUACACUCCUCUGUUUCCUCGCAUUCUUGGUCAUGAAGCAUCAGGGAUUGUGGAGAGUGUGGGAGAGGGUGUGACUGAUCUCCAACCGGGUGAUCAUGUUCUCCCUAUCUUCACCGGAGAGUGCAAGAAAUGUCGCCACUGCCUGUCAGAAGAAACCAAUAACAUGUGCGAUCUGCUUAGAAUCAAUUGCGAUAGAGGUGUUAUGCUGGCGGAUGGCAAAACCAGGUUUUCCAUCAACGGGAAGCCUAUCUACCACUUUGUUGGCACCUCAACUUUUAGCCAAUACACUGUUGUGCAUGAAGGCCAGGUUGCCAAGAUCAACCCAACUGCCCCGCUUGACAAAGUCUGCCCUAUUAGCUGCGGAAUAUGCACAGGUUUUGGGGCCACCGUGAAUGUUGCUAAACCAAGAAAGGGUCAAACUGUUGCAAUUUUUGGACUGGGAGCUGUUGGCCUUGCUGCUGCUGAAGGAGCAAGGGUUUGUGGGGCUUCUAGGAUCAUUGCUGUCGAUUUGAACCCCAGAAGAUUCGAAGAAGCCAAGAAGUUUGGUAUAACAGAAUUUGUGAAUCCAAAAGAUUACAACAAGCCAGUUCAAGAGGUGAUUGUCGAGAUGACUGGCGGAGGAGUGGACCGCAGUGUGGAGUGUACAGGGAGCGUCCAGGCCAUGAUUUCCGCAUUUGAAUGUGUCCAUGAUGGUUGGGGUGUAUGUGUGCUUGUCGGUGUGCCAAAGAUAGAUGAUGCGUUCAAGACUCAUCCAUUGAAUCUGCUGAGUGAGAGGACUCUCAAGGGUGCUUUCUAUGGCAACUACAAACCUGUCUCAGAUAUUCCUAAUUUUGUCAACAAAUACAUGAACAAGGAGCUGGGGAUCGAUAUGGACAAGUUCAUCACUCACUCUGUACCUUUCGCCGACAUCAACAAGGCAUUUGAUUACAUGCUCCAGGGCAUCGGUCUGAGAUGCCUGAUUCACUUGGAUGCUUAGGGAAUUGCUGGGAAUAUUGCUCCAUGGAUGAAACCUCUAUCUUGCCUAUGUACAAUAUUUGUCUAUUUGCUGCUUUUCAGUUACCAAGACUGUUAUCAGUAUAAAACUCUACCCUGAAGAGUUCUACAUUAUGAGCUGAGAGAAUAAAUAAUCUGUACCAAAAUGGUUUGCGGUUGUGAAAUAAAUUUGUACUAGUAUUUUCCAGACUUCAAUGAAUAAUGGUCAUCGUGAUUUUGCAUUAUA